CACAAAUUUCAUUGUGUGAGAUGGUAUUUAAGAGGAAACUGUGUAUGAUUUGUUUUUGUGUAAGGUCAAAAAAGUCAAAUCUCGAUUCCUUAGAUUCAUCUUUUUUCUUUUACUAUACUUUUAAUAUACAGUACUUGUUAUAUUCUUUUCUAAUUGUUUGUUUCGUGAUUUUCAAUCAGAAUUUUAUAGUUAAAAAUUAAAAUUGAGUGAACACAUUCCGUAGUGUGAAACGAUAUUUAAGAGACAGAGGUGUAUGAUUUCAUUACAAUUUUUUGAACAUUUUUAUACUUGGUAUAUAUCUUUCCAACUUGUUUCGUGAUAUUCACUUCAUGGUCCUAACUCCUAUGUAAGCAUGAAUAAAAAAAAGAAAAAUGGAACAGUGAUCGAUUAGAAUUUAGCUUUAGUACUUAAUUAAAUCAUAAAUUAUAUAUCUUUCUCGACAAAGUACAAAAUGAUUAAUCAAUUCACUGUAAUGAAAGUAGCAUCUUGAUUAGAGUACCUACAACAAAGAGUUUAAAAGAGAUUCUAAAGUCAGUUUUUUAGAAAAAGAGAAGAGAGAGAAGUUCUAAUGUUUAGAUUUUUUAGAACUCCAUUAAAAUUUGAUGUGACACUUGUAAACAAUAGAUUAGUUGAAUUUCUGUUUUACAAUUAACUUUUGAUUAUUAAUUACAAUUUAUUAAAAGAUUAAUAUGUUUUUUGUUUAAGAAAUUUUUUGGAGUUCGGACAUGUUUUUACCGACGUUAUAUAGAAAAGGAUUAAAAAAAAAGAAAAAAAAAAAGGAUAAAAUCCUACUUCUCAUUCUUUCAUCGUAAUUAUUUGACAUUUUUGGGUUUAGUGAUGGGCUUUUUUAAAAUGGGGAUAUUCAACCCUUACAUAUUGUUAAAAAUCUUGGAGAACACGUAAAUUCAUCUUUCCAUUUUCGCAAUAGUUUUCUUUCUUUCCACUUUUAAUUUCGUUUAAAGAAAAAAAUAUAGGGUUUGAUGGUUCCUUGAUUCUACUUUUUCAUACAGUUGUAAACGUCAAAAAAAAAAAAAAAAAGCAAAACCGAUGGGAACUCCAGAUACUACAAGAGAGCCAUGUCCCGACCGGAUCAUAGAUGAUAUGGGCGGUGCGUUCGGCAUGGGUAUAACCGGAGGAUCCGUCUAUCACUUCAUCAGAGGAAUCUACAACUCUCCCGCCGGCGCUCGUCUCUCCGGCGGCGCACAGUAUGUACGUAUGAACGUUCCUAAACUCGGAGGAAGCUUCGCCGUAUGGGGUGGUCUGUUCUCGACCAUGGACUGCGCCAUGGUGUACGCUAGACAGAAGGAAGAUCCAUGGAACUCUAUCAUUGCCGGUGCCGCCACUGGAGGUCUUUUAUCGCUGCGUCAAGGCUUCCGCGCGUCUGGUAGGGCGGCUUUGUUCGGAGGUGCGAUUUUAGCUCUCAUACAAGGAGUCCAGCUCGCUAAGGACAAAGUCGCGAGUGCUGCGCAGCAACAGCAGGUUUUCAUGGGUGAAGCGGCCUCGUUACCACCUGCUCAGGUUUAUGGACAGUCCGUGCCUGUGCCGGAGACUUCAUCUGCUUCGGAGGCAGGUUCGGGAUCUUGGUUUGGUGGUUUGUUUGGGAAAGGGAAGCAGAAGGGGUCUGAGGAUAAGAGUGGGAGCAAAACUCAGGUUCUUGAGAGCUUUGAUGCGCCUCCUGUCCCAACUUACGAGUUUAACUAAUCUGUCUGGAUUUAUUUUUUACUAAUAUAUAAGUUUUAGAGCUUAAUAAUUAGUUUCUAUGAUUAUUAUUCUGCAAAAAACGCUCGGUAUAAUGUUUUUAGUUGUUGACUUGGAUUAUUAUGAUGUCUGGUUGUACGUAAAACUAGAAGUUAUUAUUACAUAUUGUCUGCACUCGUUCU